UACUCGAGCGCUAGUGGGUCAGUCACCAGUGGAGGCGGCGGUCGAGCAGUCCCAGCGAAGCUGCAAGCCGCCAUGGACAAAGAUGCGACCGUCGGAAACUCGCGCGCUGCCGAGACAUUCGAUCCGGACCUGAUUCACGCCAUCUUCAAGCUGGUGUGGAGGCGGCGGGCGGAGAAGGGUGCCGGUGGCAACGAGGACAUCGACGUCGAGCCUGCUCCGGAGACCUCGAGGAGAAACAGGAGUACAACUGCCAAUGCAAGCGCGCUUAAAGUCAGCUGUGAACUUCUGCGCAUAUUCGUUACAGAGGCUAUUCAACGUUCUGCUUUUAUCGCUGAAGCGGAGGACGCUACUGUUAUCGAACCCACCCAUCUAGAGCGUGUAUUGCCGCAACUGCUCUUGGACUUUUGAGAGUUGAGUUGUAUUGUGAAGGAGGCAUGAGGGCCAUGAUCUAUUACCACCCCUAGUCAAUUCAUAGGCUUCUUGGCGGAGGAAAAGGUAAUGCUACUCUUCCUUUCUUUCUGGACAAUUAACUUGCAUCAUUUGAAUUACCAAAGUUUCUGUCUGAAUCCAUGUGUUCAUGGAUUGCGUUGUUUGCCCCUCGCAGUGGCG